AUGAAUACAAAAGUUUUCCACGCAAGUGAGAUACCAGACAUCCUCCUCGACAACUUCAACCACAACUCGAAUAAGACAAAAACAAGAAUCACCAUCUCAUACCAAACCAGAACAAAUGGCUUCCCAAAGCCUCCUCCACACUCUCCGGAGGCAACUCCCCGGAAUAAUCACAAGACCAUCACCCUUCCCAACAACAACUCC